CCUUUUUCUGUCUUUUCGAUUUGGUUCUCUGUUAGUUAGAUUCUCGUUCCUUCAAAGUUUCGAUUUGAUAAGAGUUUAUUAGAAUUUGUAUGAUAAUAAUGUCCUCAUGGUGACUCUCUUCUUUGCACGUCCCUGUGGUUUAUGAAAAGCCAUCUUUGCUUUUCUUUGCCAAAUUGCGCGUUAAUUUCAUUCUCCCAUUGCAUUGGAUUCCAUAUCUUGUUUCUGUUUGAUUUUGAUGCAUCUGUCAUCUCCAUGAUAGCUUCGUGUGGUUCAUGGCUUAGACAUGUUUAGUUUUGGAUAGAGAUAAUCAAAGAAUUUCUUCUUGUGCCUUUUUAUCUUUCCUUUUGCGGUAUUUGCUGAAGUUUAGGGGCAAAAAAGUGAAGGAAAGCUAAGAAUUUUUAUGAUCCAAAUCCAAGGCAAAACAUAUAAAGUGAAGAAUAUUCCUUUGAAGUAUUUUUGAAAGGGAAAUAGCCCUUUUCUGUAUAUAUAAGUUGGUGAUAGUGAGUCUCAUAUUUGUUUCUGUGUAAAGCUCCUUGUUAAGCUAAAUAGCCCCUUUUGUGCUAGGAUUCUGUUAUCUAUAGUUAUCUUCUGAAUACUGCACUUAUUCAAUGACACUUGCUAGAGAUUAUAGUUUUCCAACCGCUAUGUCUUCAUCAUUUGCAACUCUAGAUGAGAGACACAACCGUUACUUUCCUAACAUUUUGUGGGUUUCAUCAGGAUAGGAACUGAUGAAUAACAACCCCGUCCCCUGUCAGGCAUUUCCGCUGGUCUCUGGUGGCAGUUCUGGUGGGAAUUCGUUUUCAUCUUCUUCCGGAUUCUGCAAUGGUGCCUAUGUUUCAUCUUCCUCCCAGGCACGGCCGCCCGUUUCUACAGUGCUAAGAAGCAGAACGACUGUUGCUCAUGUCUCUGAAGGAGGGCAGAGGCAGGAUACACAAUCUUUGCAAGUGAUCAAUCAGCCUCAAGAGCAGAGAAAUAUGCCCUGGUCUUCAGAUCAGCUUCAGGGCUUCUUUGAUUUUCCUGUUCCGGUUCCACAAGCGGAGAGCAGUAGAGCUAUGGUCUCAUCCAAGGAAGUCCAAUCAAAAAGCGAAUGGCCAGACUGGGCGGACCAGCUGAUGUCUGAUGAUUGGCCAGAGCUUCUAGGUGAUCCUAAUGCCCUCAAUCUAGAUUCAAAGAUACCAACACCGUCUUCUGAUAUGGCAAGGCAAGAGAUAGUGCUUAAUAAUCAGCAUGAGGUGGAUCCAUCAAUGGAUCCUUUUAAUAACAAAAACUCACCAGCGAGUUCGAUGACAAUGGAUCCUUUUAAUGCCAAAAACUCACCAGCUAGUUCGAUGACAUCUAAGCAACGAAUGCGUUGGACACCAGAACUUCAUGAAGCAUUUGUCGAAGCUGUCAAUCAGCUCGGUGGUAGUGAACGAGCCACCCCUAAGGCUGUUUUGAAGCUUAUCAAUAGUCCCGGUUUGACCAUUUAUCAUGUCAAAAGCCAUUUGCAGAAAUACAGAACUGCUAGGUAUAAACCGGAUCUUUCAGAAAAUAAAGAAGAACCUCCAAUGAAGAAUUUGAAAACCAUUGAAGAUAUCAAAUCUCUUGACUUGAAGACGAGCAUUGAAAUCACUGAAGCUCUACGGUUACAGAUGAAAGUUCAAAAACAACUCCACGAGCAACUUGAGAUCCAAAGAUCACUGCAGUUACGAAUCGAAGAACAAGGUCGGUAUCUUCAGAUGAUGAUUGAGAAACAACAGAAGAUGCAAGAGUCAUCAUCAAUGCCAGAAGCUAAAGGGUCAGCUCCAUCACAAAACCCUUCACAAGUUUUCCUCCCUAAUAGAGCAACCAAUUCAGAAACAUCAACAAUAACUCAGAAACUGCAGAUUGGUUCUAACACAAUGUCUCAAACUGAAUCUGCUUCUGGGAGUAAUAGGAAACGGGUUAGAGAAGAUUAGACAUCUUAAUGACUGAAGAAGUUAUGAUACUUACUGACCUAAAGACGUUGCUACAGAUGUAAUUAUGUUCUUUUUUUGUUCGUGCUUUAUGUGAAAUUCACAGCAGCAAUAAAAUGAACAACAUUGAUGAUUUCUCCCAAUUGUAAUCAAAACAAGAACAUACUCCUUCCGUUUUUCAUAAUAUAGGAUAAAUGUUUAGAGAAGUAUUUUUA